ACAUGUGUCAGUGUUUUCCUGUUGAAUGAGUCUUGCUCAUGUUGUUAGUGGCGGCUGCUGUCAGCUGCUUCCACUGGAAACAGCAGAAAUCUGCCGCUCGCUUCUUCAACUCACUCACAACUAACGGCUGCGUCUUUAACCCAUAUGUGGAGAUGUGGAGUUGAAGCGGUGGAAUCAGAGUAGAAGCAGAGUCAGUUGAUGUCAGUAGUUGAACACUGAGUCGUUAUUACUGUGUAGCUCCACUUACUGAUGACUGAAGGCAGCUUUUCCCGCCUCAAUCAGCCUGUGGAGGAGGCGGAGAGGAGCCGCUGCUCUCCCGCUGUCUGAGCCACUAAAGUCGGUGUGAGCUCGGCCGGACAGCCGCUGGAGAACAGCUCUGACUUUCUGUGUGAUUAGAUGGACUCUACAGGACUGAUGUGGACUCAGUGUGGCAGUCAGAGGGGCUGAGGACCUUCACACUGUUGUUGUUCUUCCACAAAUCAUUCUGACACUAACCUGUCUCAGUCUCUGUACUUUACUCGAGGAUUUUCAUUUCCUGCUUCUACUAAUGUGAUAAUAAUGAGUCAUUCUGCAGGAGACACUUUGGCGCCAUCUAGUGGACUGACAGCAUAUUCAAUCUUGGAUGUGAAUGGAGCAGCAUGAAUCAGAGUGAGGACAGAGAGGAGGGAGUCCCUCCCUCUAAAACCACUCUGUGUGGGGAACAUGAGAGCCAGACCAAAGCUCAGAGCCCAGAGCAGCAGCACUCACCACACUCUGCUGGACCUGGACCUGGACCUGGACCUGGACCCAGCUGUGUGUCCAUGAAGAGCAACAAGUCAAUGGAUCGUCCUGUUGAACUCAGAAAGUCUGUUGAUGGAAGUUUCAGGAUCCAGCAGCAGAGACCAGACUCUCCUGAACCCAGCUGUCUGUCUUUAAAGAGCGAUGACUCAAAGGGCUGGGACAUUGACUUUAAAGGGCGACGUCCAUCAGCUGAUCAGAUAGUGGACCAGGAGAGCUCAGAGGUUCCCAGUGGUCAGUCUGCCCAGCAGCAUCAAACACACCUGGACUCCAUAUUUAUGCUGCUGGAGGAGAACAUCGUCACUUUUGUGAAGAAGGAGCUGAAGAAGAUCCAGAAGGGUCUGAGUCCAGAUUACCCAGAAUGCUUAGAGAGUCAGAGGGAGGAUGAGGAGGUGUUGGACGGUGAGGAUGAAGAGCAGAGGAGCAGCAGAGAGGAGUUUCUGAAGAUCACACUGAACUUCCUGAGGAGAAUGAAGCAGGAGGAGCUGGCUGACUGUCUGCAGAGCAGACAUGUUGCUGCAGUUUGUCGACGUAAACUUAAAUCUAACCUGAAGAAGAAGUUCCAGUGUUUGUUUGAGGGGAUCUCUAAAGCAGGAAACCCAACCCUUCUGAAUCAGAUCUACACAGAGCUCUACAUCACAGAGGGAGGGACUGGAGAGGUCAAUGAUGAACACGAGGUCAGACAGAUUGAAACAGCAUCCAGGAAACCAGACAGACCAGAAACAACCAUCAGACAAGAAGACAUCUUUAAAGCCUCACCUGGAAGAGAUGAACCAAUCAGAACAGUGAUGACAAAGGGAGUGGCUGGCAUUGGGAAAACAGUCUUAACACAGAAGUUGACUCUGGACUGGGCUGAAGACAAAGACAACCAGGACAUACACUUCACAUUUCCAUUCACUUUCAGAGAGCUGAAUGUGCUGAAAGAGAAAAAGUUGAGCUUGGUGGAACUUGUUCAUCACUUCUUUACUGAAACCAAAGAAGCAGGAAUCUGCAGGUUUGAAGAGUUCCAGGUUGUGUUCAUCUUUGACGGUCUGGAUGAGUGUCGACUUCCUCUGGACUUCCACAACACUGAGAUCCUGACUGAUGUUACAGAGUCCACCUCAGUGGACGUGCUGCUGACAAACCUCAUCAGGGGGAAACUGCUUCCCUCUGCUCGCCUCUGGAUAACCACACGACCUGCAGCAGCCAAUCAGAUCCCUCCUGAGUGUGUUGACAUGGUGACAGAGGUCAGAGGGUUCACUGACCCUCAGAAGGAGGACUACUUCAGGAAGAGGUUCAGAGAUGAGGAGCAGGCCAGCAGGAUCAUCUCCCACAUCAAGACCUCACGAAGCCUCCACAUCAUGUGCCACAUCCCAGUCUUCUGCUGGAUCACUGCUACAGUUCUGGAGGAUGUGUUGAAAACCAGAGAGGGAGGAGAGCUGCCCAAGACCCUGACUGAGAUGUACAUCCACUUCCUGGUGGUUCAGUCCAAACUGAAGACCAUCAAGUAUGAUGGAGGAUCUGGGACAGAUCCACACUGGAGUCCAGAGAGCAGGAAGAUGAUUGAGUCUCUGGGAAAACUGGCUUUUGAGCAGCUGCAGAAAGGAAACCUGAUCUUCUAUGAAUCAGACCUGACAGAGUGUGGCAUCGAUAUCACAGCAGCCUCAGUGUACUCAGGAGUGUUCACACAGAUCUUUAAAGAGGAGAGAGGACUGUACCAGGACAAGGUGUUCUGCUUCGUCCAUCUGAGUGUUCAGGAGUUUCUGGCUGCUCUUCAUGUCCAUCUGACCUUCAUCAAGUCUGGAGUCAAUCUGCUGUCAGAAGAACAAACAACCUCCCUGUGGUCUAAACUGUUUAGAAACAAAUCAACACUUUUCUACCAGAGUGCUGUGGACAAGGCCUUACAGAGUCCAAAUGGACACCUGGACCUGUUCCUCCGCUUCCUCCUGGGUCUUUCACUACAGACCAAUCAGACUCUCCUACGAGGUCUGCUGACACAGACAGGAAGUGGCUCAGGGACCAGUCAGGAAACAGUCCAGUACAUCAAGAAGAAGAUUGAAGAGACUCCCUCUGCAGAGAAAAGCAUCAACCUGUUCCACUGUCUGAAUGAACUGAAUGAUCGUUCUCUAGUGGAGGAGAUCCAACAGUCCCUGAGUUCAGGACGUCUCUCCACAGAUAAACUGUCUCCUGCUCAAUGGUCAGCUCUGGUCUUCAUCUUACUGUCAUCAGAAAAAGAUCUGGACGUGUUUGACCUGAAGAAAUACUCUGCUUCAGAGGAGGCUCUUCUGAGGCUGCUGCCAGUGGUCAAAGCCUCUAACAAAGCUCUACUGAGUGACUGUAACCUCUCAGAGAGAAGCUGUGAAGCUCUGUCAUCAGUUCUCAGCUCCCAGUCCUCUAGUCUGAGAGAUCUGGACCUGAGUAACAACAACCUGCAGGAUUCAGGAGUGAAGAUGUUGUCUGUUGGACUGGAGAGUCCACACUGUUCACUGGAGACUCUCAGCCUGUCAGGCUGUCUGAUCUCAGAGGAAGGCUGUUCUUCUCUGGUCUCAGCUCUGAGAUCCAACCCCUCCCAUCUGAGAGAGCUGGACCUGAGCUACAAUCAUCCAGGAGACUCAGGAGUGAAGCUGCUGUCUGCUGGACUGGAGGAUCCAGACUGGAGACUGGACACUCUCAGGGUGGAGCCUGGUGGAGUCCGAUGGUUGACACCAGGUCCAUGGAGGUAUUCCUGUCAACUCACAAUCGACACAAACACAGUGAACAGAUUCCUCAAACUGUCUGACAACAACAGGAAGGUGACACAUGUGAAGGAGGAUCAGUCAUAUCCUCAUCAUCCAGACAGAUUUGAUCAGAGUCCUCAGCUGCUGUGUAGAACUGGUCUGACUGGUCGCUGUUACUGGGAGGUCGAGUGGAGAGGAGUGGUUUAUAUCUCAGUGAGUUACAGAGGAAUCAGAAGGAAAGGAGUCAGAGACUGUUGGUUUGGAUGGAACGAUCAGUCCUGGAGUCUGGACUGUUCUGAUGAUGGUCGUUACUCUGUCUGGCACAAUAACAUAAAGACACCUAUCUCCUCCUCCUCCUCCUCCUCCUCCUCCUCCUCUGUCUCUAACAGAGUAGCAGUGUAUGUGGACUGUCCUGCUGGCUCUCUGUCCUUCUACAGAGUCUCCUCUGACUCUCUGAUCCACCUCCACACCUUCAACACCACAUUCACUCAACCUCUGUAUCCUGGGUUUACAGUCUGGUCUGGUUCCUCAGUGUCUCUGUGUUGAGUGUAGCAGAGAGAGUCUCCUCCUGUUAGAGAUCAGUCCAGUCCAGGAUCACAGCAGCUGUUUGGUCAUGAACCACUUCCUCUGUAUAGUGACGGUUCGAUGCUUCUUUCAGCAACAAUAACUCAUGUAACUCAUGACUCACAAGAUGGCCGACUGGAUCAAAGACUCACAUGUGACGUCAACAACUCUUGAGAUGUUAACAACCCCAGUGUAAACCCCUGGUCUCCCCACCAGUCAGUUAGAACUGAAGAAUCUUUCAGAUGAGAGGUGGAACGUCUUCAAGAACCUCGAGAACAUCCAGUCAUAUAGAACUGAGAACGUGACACUUACUAUUCAUGAAAUGAAAGAUGAUGAGAUUGACAGGUGCAGCAUCAGAAGUAAUGUGGAUGCUGUAGCUGAGCCUGAAGGCAAAGCUCUCAAUGUAUAAUCUAUGUUCCAACCCUCACCUGUGGUCAUGAGCUUUAGGUAGUGACCAAAAGAAUUAGAUCGCAGAGACAAGUGGAAAUAAGUUUCCUCCACAGACCCAGAACUCACUGGAGAGAUUAAAUCCCAUCUGACCUGGGACCUCAGGAUCCCUCAGGAGGAGCUGGAAAAUGUUGCUGGGGAGAGGGAAGUCUGGAAUAGUUUGUUUAGCCUGCUGCCACUGUGACCUGACCCCAGAUAAGAUGGACGGAUGGGUUUAGGCAAAACCUAAGAAAUUAUCUUCAUUUUUCGUUUGUUGUCGUGAAAUUCUGAGUUUUCUCAUUGAAAAUGUUUCCAGUGUUUGUUUAAAGAACUCACACACCACAGAAGUCAGUGAAACUCAUCCUGCAGAAACUUUAUAACAUCAGAUUUUCAUCAUGAAAUAUAAACACACACAGACAUCUUUGUUUUAAUGCUACAUCUUCCCUCUCACCGUCCCCUUUCAAAAUAAAACAGUUAUUAUCUCUGUUCUGCAAAAACUCUAAAGACACAGAAAAAAGAGAUUUACACCUGAAAUCAGAGCCAGAAGAGGAGGAACAGUUUGUGCUUUCAGUGCAGUAAAGACAGAGUUCAGUUAGUAUUCAGUCAGUGCCCUGGUUCAGUCUGUUCACGUGUAUAUAUACUGUAUAUAUGUAGAACAUCCACAGAGGAAGAUCCACACAGCUUUGUGUUAUUUUACUGCUUCAUGUCCUGUUCAGCAGUUUCUGUGGGUUUCUGCAUCAAACCACCGUUAAAGCAGAACUCUGGUGUUUGGCUGAUCUGGGAGGAUUUUAACGGAUCAGGAUCAGUCAGUGACUCGUCUGUUGUGGGUUUGAGUGUCUGAGGAUCACUUCACGUCGAAUCCGUUCUCCAGUUCAACUUUAAUUCAUCUCAGAUCGAUCAUUUCAUUCCAACAUGUCAGAUACAGAUUUAAUGAUCAGGUCGAUAUAAGUCUCUGAUCAGACUCUGUAUCAGCAGAUAAUCAAUACUGAAAGACUCAGAUCACCUUUUUAUCCUCAGAGAGUGUUUGUGUGUUUUCAGAUUACAGUCCUCCUCCUCCUCCUCCUCCUCCUCCUCCUCCUCCUCCUCCUGGAGGCUGAUGUCUGUCUGAACCUCCUUCUUGUUCUUCUUUUGAAACUGCAGAGAAAAUAAAGAGAUUAAAAACUCAAUCAAAGCUCAAACUCCAACAAA